UUCUCGAGAACAACCGUGGCGAGUUAAUAAAUUGCAAAUAAUAUUUUAUUUCGCAAUAUAACGUGUGCUCGGCUUAUCAAAAGUAUAUAAAAUCUAAAAUUUCGAUUUUCGUUUUUAGCAACAAGGUACGUUUUUUUUUUAUGUCAGACUCUUCAAUAACACCUUCGAGGAUCAAUUAAAUCAGACAGAUGUAAUCGCGUUUCGUCGUGAAUCACUGUUCCAGACCGGACCGCUUUGUCCGAUUCUCAUCUUCAAAACCGAGAAAACAACGUACCGUGUGACUCAGGCCUUUGUUAGUAGGUCGUCAAGUGAGGUUCGAGUUUGUUUGAUAAUUUAUCACGUGCGCGGUGAAUGAUGUAGUGCCGUGAAAUCAGUCAGUUUUAAACUGCCCUGCAAGCUAAUCGUUUAAUAGUUACAAGCGAGUCCGAGGAACAGUACAGAUGUGCGUUGCCAGACGUGGCGCGUGUAUCCACCAAAAGAGUUGCGUGAGGCGGCCUAUCCGCGAUUAGUCCGAUGCAGACGGCACGGCUGCAGCCCGCGUGUGUGUAGUUUGUUGACCCAGCUUUUAGAUAACGAGACAAAUAAAGAAGAACGGCUGGAAAAAUGUCUCGCUGUUGAUGACUUUAGCGCUUUCAUCAUUGUCGUCGUCCACAUCCGCUUGUAUUAUCCGUCGCCUCCUACUUCAGCUCAUCCCUGCGGGGCAUGAGCUCUUCUGCGCGUCGUGUGAUUAAACAGGCCGAUUGAGAAGAGCUUUCGAUUAUUUGUGCGUCUGCGACACGCGGAUGUAGAACGAAGUUCGGAACGCGCGCUUUUCUUCACGCGAGUUUCCCCGGUUUUCGUACGCGGAUUAUUGAGAGAUCACGAUCGGCUUUUAUGUCGCAGUACGGUGCCAUGGGUUUUGAAAGCUUACAGGACGUAAAAGACGACAGCAUGCGGCUGUGCUGUUCAAGGAGAGACGAGGCUGGCCCGCUGUCAGGACUGGAAAAUGGAGCUACUAUGGAUCCAGCAGCGGUGAAUAAAAUAGAAAGAUUUGGACUGUACCAGCUACUGAUGUUCGUAUUUAUUAGUGUACCGUUGAUGUUAUCGGCAGGAGUCACGCUUUCUUACGUAUUUACUGCGGGCGAGGUUAAAUACAGAUGUUUAGUGCCGGAAUGCGAGAAUCCGGACAACACGACGCUCGAGCCGCCGUGGGUCAACGCUUCCGCGCCGAAAAUCGACGGUGUCAUUUCCGGUUGCACGCGUUACACGGUGCGGGAUCGUCAUCCGGACAGAUGUACGGAAGCGUCGUUCACCAACGUCACCCGCGACUGCGACUCUUGGAUUUACGAUCCGGAAGAGCGUACGAUACUCAACGAGUGGGACUUUACCUGCGAUGCUAAUCUAUGGAAGCUCACGCUGGUGGGCACGAUACAGAAUGUCGGUCAGUUCGUCGGCCUGAUGUUCGCUGGAUACAUAUCUGACAGGUUUGGGAGACGUACCUUUUUGACGCUGUCGACGUCUCUGUCUGGAGUCAGUGGCUUGAUACAGUCCUUCUCCGUGAAUUAUUGGAUGUUUCUCGCAUUCGAAUUCCUCGAUGCCGUCAUGGCGGCUGGAAUUUACAGCGCGGGAUUUAUUUUAGCGACGGAGACAUUGGGAAUGAAAAACAGAGUCUUCGGAGCCACCAUCGCCGGCUGCAUAUUUGCCACGGGUGAGAUCUUGCUGGGAUUGCUCGCGAGUUGGCUAAGAUCUUGGCGAUCGCUUCUUAGAGUGGUAAACGCGGUGGGAUUGCUAGCUAUUUUCCUGCCGUUGCUCGUUCCAGAAUCAAUUAGGUGGUUACUAGCGAAGGGCAAACACGACGAAGUAGAGAAAAUAUAUCGUAAAAUGGCCCAAAUGAACGGCCUGCCAGUAACGAACGAAGCCAUCAAUGCGUUCAAGGAAAUGAACGUAGACAAGGAUGAAACGAAAAGCGAACCGGUGAUAUCGGACGAGAGGAAACCGAUCGUGCAGGUUCUACAUAGCUCGGUGAUACUCAUUCGGCUGCUGGUCUGCUCGUUCUGCUGGCUCACGAACACGUUCGUUUAUUACGGAAUAUCGUUGAAUUCCGUGGCGUUCGCCGGGGAUAAGUACAUCAAUUUCGUGCUCGUCGCGGUGGUCGAGAUACCGGCGUAUUGCCUCGCCUGGGUGCUGACCGAUCACAUUGGCCGUAAACCAACGCUCUCCGGCGCGUUCCUGCUGAGCGGGGCGUUCUGCCUCGCAAUCCAGUUCGUACCGACAGGAGCUUGGAGUUACGGGCCUUUACUUUUAUUCAUGGCCGGGAAGCUGUGUAUCACUGUGGCGUUCGCAACCGUCUACGUCUACACGGUGGAGAUGUUCCCGACGACGCUCAGGCAUUCCCUGCUUGGAAUUUGCAGCAUGACCGGUCGCAUCGGUUCAAUCUUAUCGCCGCAAACGCCUCUUCUGGCGCAAAUAAUGCCUUCGUUGCCGCUCAUCUUGUUCGGAUCCAUGGCCAUGAUCACGGGCGUCCUGUCUCUGAUUUUCCCGGAAACUUUAGGAACGAAACUUCCGGAUUCCGUGUCGGAGGCGGAGAAGAUCGGCAAGUCAAACGGGACUUCCAAAAUUCCGGAUUUUAACACGCCGCCGCGCCAGAGGAGCAGCGCAGAACGCUAAGAUGCGCUAAGUCCUUCUCUUUCCUCUCACCGCGCCGAGGAGAAACGGCGAUAGCUUUUAAAAGUUUACUGGCAGAGCGACGGCCCCGAGAUGCGCCUGGUGACGCCAGACAGAGAUAAGGGGGUGGCCUUCACGAGACUCUAAAAUACGCGGGGCGCACAAUUGAUGCGGGGGAGAGAAAUAACUGCCGGGAUGGAAGGGGGAGGGGGAUCCGUGGUUGCCGCAACAAUGUGCGCAACGCACGCUCGCAGAUUUUAUCUGUCGGCAAUUUGAAUAAGCACGGCAUAUUCCUCUCCGUAACUGUUUACCCUCCGCCGCCACUGCCGUCGCCACUAUGCCCGUCGUCAUUUGUCUUACUCCCCCGCAUUUAUCCGUCCGCGCGCGCGCUCGGAAGACAAGGAUUAUAAUAUCUUCCGGUAAAGUCCCGGUGUUCCCACGGUAUCUCGAAAUCUUCCGAAAUCUCCCAGGCGUGCAUGCGCGUGCAAUUCGCCAGAUAUUAAGUGGAAAUAUCGGAUCUUUACUGGUCUCCGUCGUAUUUGUAUGAUAUUUGUAUAACUUUAUCAAGCAUUAUUUUUUGUUUCACGAGUCGCAAUACUCGCGUAGCAUUAAUAUAAUUAUUUAAUAUAAUUAUUCUUUAAAUGCAACGGUUUAUUUCAUUAAAUUUAUUUCACAGAAAUCAUAGAAUCAGAGUUCCUCAAAUGAGAGUUAGAACUGAUAUGCGUCACAUAUCAAAAUAUGUUUCAUGUACCAAAAAUUAAAAAAUUUUACAAAUUGUUUUAUUACUACGUUUAAAUAUCUGUGUAAAAGUUGUGUAAAAAGUUAACAAUAAUUUAAGUCAUGAUGUAAAGGAAAGUCACCAAUAUUGACAUAAGUUUCCUAAAAUUCCUUUAUAUCUAAUUUUUAUAUAUAAUCCCGUAUGCUACGUCUUGAGGAACAGCAUAAUGUAUUUGUACAUCAACAAAAUAUGUAUUUUACAUUGAAGUGAAAGGUUUCUAAAGGAAUUCUCAUAUACAUUAACUUAUAAAUAUUUUGUGCAAGUAAAUCGUGCUAGAGAAAAAGAAAAAGUACUUUAUUAUGUCAGUUUGGAGGCACAAUUUCUCAGACUUUUAUUUUUGUUUAUCUUGAGCGAAAAUAUUAAUUAUUACAAAAUAUAAAAUAAUAGUAUGAAAACUGCUUUUAUUUUUAGCUUUUGUUUUAAGAAAUAUUUUCCAAAACAAAGUGAUAUGCUAGUACUGAUGACUUUUUUUAUAACACAAUUAGAAACAGCGGUCAUAGUAACAUCUUAGUGCUCAAAUAAUAUUUCUUAUAGGAUUUUAUGUAAUGUAUAUACAUUUUCAAGAAAGAGAGAGAGAGAGAGAAAGUUCUUCAAACACCUUAUUUUUGGUCUUAAAAAUUUAUGAGCUACAUUACAGACAUUUUUAAAUUAGAUUAAAAUAUCACACACUGAGAAAAAUAUAUUGAUUAUAUCAACAAGACAUAAAUGAUUGUCAUCCUUAAAUGUAUUUUGGUGAAAUUAAGUAGAGUUCUGGUUAUUAUUUAAUUUUAUCACCUUUGCGCUCAGUAAGACUCGGAUCUACGCUCUCAGAAAAAAUGGAUUAAGGCAUCUGACUAGAUUAGAUUUUUUCUGAGAGACUUUAAUCUAAUAAUAUUAAAAUUUCUAUAAGAUUCCUGAUUUGUCUGAUUUUUCAACAUACUUAAAUCUAUCAGAUUUCCAAUUAAUGUAAUGUUCCAUCAAUUUCGACAAUAGGAAGGGGACUAUUAGUCAGUUUCGACUGCCACAUUGAAACUGUUGCUAGUUACCUAACAACACACACACACACACACACACAAUUGUAAACCUAUAAAAUAUGUUUAGUAAUGGUAUCGUUGAAAUAUUUGAUUGUUAUAAACAAAUUUAAUAAUAUUAACAAAAUUAUAAUAAUAUUAAUAAAAUUGGUAAUAAUUAUAAACAUGUACAAAUUAAGAUUGACAAUGCAUCAGGUCUGUUACUUAGAUACCAAACUUUUUUUUAAAGAGAAGAUAGAGACCGUUAUUUGAUCAAGAGUGCUUGCAGUAUUUUAAAGAAAAUAAAUAUACUGGGUUACUCGUAUCAAAUCGUAUUUGCAGAAUGUUAAUAAUGAUCAAUGUCCUACGUUCCUUGAAGAACUUUACGUAGAAUAAAUACGGUAAAGAUGUUUGAAGAAAGAGAAAAAGAAACACAAAUAUCCAUUCCACGUCAGGAUUUGCUUUGCGUAGCGAUGCGCGAACGAUUUGCUCGCACGUGGGCACCUGUCAGCGCAAAACAUUUACGAAAACAUCGAAUAUCUACCGCGUAUGCGUAUAAUAUAGCGUAGUUUGACCGUUCAGUAUAUGACACGAGUUUUUUUUACUCUGAGCUCUUAAUAUUUUGUAAUUCACUAGCGUGACGUAAAUUAUGUAUAUUCAAUGUGUUGAUUCGCUGCGGCACUUUAGGUUUAAUUGUUCUGACGAGGUAUGCAUACGUGCAUGUUACGCGUAUUUUAUAUUUCGUUCUUACUGCGAUCUCUUUUAUACGUACGGAAACAGUGGCGUAUCUAAUGAGAAUGUAAAGUAUUGCAAACUAGAGCAGGAGUUUCUUUAUAAUUAAAACUUUUGUUUCUUUUUUACCGAGAAAAAGAGAAUUAAUAAUAAUUUAUUCUCGUUCUCUGGAUACGCUAUGAUAUCGCGAAGUAUUAAAUAUCAAUAAGUAUUACGAAUAUUUAAAAAAACGUUGGCAUCGCGUAAUGUAAGCAUAAGAAAUAAUGUAUUAUAUAAAACUAGAACUGUUAGAAAGAAUGAAUUAUGUAUAAAUGUCAAAGAUGCAAAUAGAUUAUUCUUUAUACAGA